AUGAAGGUGGGGAAGGCAGUUACAGGACGAACACGUGAGUGGCAUAGGACAGGAAGACUGCGUGUCACAGCUAAACAAGAAGAGUCACCCUCCUACGAUGUCUACGUGCUGCAGGCGUCAGAGGCUAUCGUCUCAACACAUCGCUGUCUCAACGUGCAAUGGAUUAUUUUCAACUUGGCACUUGGACAGGCUUUAUCUUCCCAAAGCACAGCCUCCUGUAUCAACCGAGACACAGUUACUUAUGCCGACAUGGACGAUGAGAAACAAAAGGCCAAGGAUCGCCUGAAGAAGCUCCAGUCUAAGAUGGAAAUAGACAACUACGCCGAGUGGUACCCAGGGAUGGUGGAAGCCUUUGAUGCUAUUGAGGAGUCGGAGGAUGAGGUUGACUACACCAAGAUGGACCAGGGCAACAAGAAGGGUCCGAUCGGCCGCUGGGACUUCGACACCCAGGAGGAAUACAGCGAUUAAAUGUCCAACAAGGAAGCCCUGCCCAAAGCUCCCUUCUAGUAUGGUGUUAAAAUGGCGGAUGGUCGCAGAACUCGGAGGACAGGUCCAAAGGAUGAGAAAGCCAUGUAAGACCGAGAACUGCAGCAGAUCAACCGCAUUAUCCAGAAGAGGAAGGUGGCAGAGCCGGGGGAUGGGGCAGAAACGCAUCAAGUCCUCAAAUCUCAAAUCUCACCCACUGUCAGUAUUUGUACAGUAACAAUGCCAGCAGGAUUGUGAUGUGCUCUGCCCUGCUCGUCCAGAUGUGUUGUGACAGGCAUAGGACACUUUCAGGCCGUUGUCAUAGGAGCAGUGCAGGGCAUGCAGAUCUUGUUGAACCAGAUUGAGGACAUGAUUCCAUCGUUACAGUUACAGUCGCCAUGGUUGGUUUUGUCAAGCCCUGAAAAUCAGGUCAUAUCUAGAUCAUGGAGCUGUGAUGCUGGUUCAUCUGCUAGUGCCCGAGUCCAAGUCUUAUGAUCCAAAUCUAAUGGAGGAUUAAAAAGAUCAUACAUUUACAAAUGAAAACUGACAUUGCCUGAGCAGAGGGAAACUGAACGGGGUGGUUCGGUAUCUCUUCUGGGAUUUACAUUGUGCAUUUCACAAUUCUGAUGUUAUGGGCCCUGGCUGAUGCCACACUCCCUGGAUGCCUCAAUGUGAUGCAGGUUUCACUCUGCUACAAUUUCCAAAUGAAAUUGUGCAAUUGUAUACAUGUUACCAGCUUCUUGAACAAAUGAUUAAAUAUAAGUCUUGUA